AUGCCCGAAGACAUCGUUCAUAAUGCACUUUGGUGGGAAGGUCCCGGUUGGCUGAAGGAAGCACCCGAAUUAUGGCCUGGAGGCAUCGAGUCUGAUGAAGAAGCAGGAGAAGAAGAAAGACGCCGCACAGUAGUGGCAUGUACUGUAUCUCCCACGGCAGAAUUUAACGAGAUGUACAUCGGCAAGUUCGGGUCAUAUUCUGAUUUGAUACGACGCACAGCCUACUGGCUACGACUCAUGGAUCUUCUGAAAACUCCUGCAGUAAAUCGCUCUGCUAAUGGAUUGCUAACUACUGUAGAGUUGCAGAAAGCUGAAAACGUAAUACUCCGGAGCGUACAGAAGGAAGUUUUUGCCGACGAAAUAAGGGCAUUAUCGCGAGAAGAGUUUGUGUCCAGAAGGUCACCAUUGAGAUGGUUUCAUCCGUUCAUCUGCAAGGAAGGACUCAUCAGAGUAGGAGGACGGCUGAAUAAUUCCGAAGAGUCGGAGAAUACCAAGCAUCCUGUUGUGCUACCGGCACGGCACCUGUUGACCCGGAUGAUUCUACGCCAUUUUCAUGAACGGUUAUUGCACGCUGGUCCACAACUAUUGCUAGGGACAGUCAGAUUACGAUUUUGGCCGCUGGGAGGAAGAAAUGUAGCAAGAGAGGUAGUUCAUCAAUGUAUAAAAUGUUUCCGCACGAAACCAACUACCAUGCAGCAGUUCAUGGGAGAACUACCGUCACCACGAGUCUCCGUUUCACGUCCCUUCAUGAAAACAGGAGUAGACUAUUUUGGCCCGGUCUACAUUCGAUCAGCACCUAGACGAGCAGCGGUGAAGGCCUAUGUUUCGGUAUUUGUUUGCUUUUGCACCAAGGCUAUCCAUUUAGAACUCGUUUCCGAUCUCUCUACCGACCGAUUCUUGCAGGCCUUGCAAAGGUUUGUUUCAAGGAGAGGCAGGGCUUCGGAUAUUUAUUCGGAUAAUGGUACGAACUUCGUCGGUGCACGGAACAAGCUAACAGAGCUCCAAGGUUUGAUGAAGGAUCGUAUCCACCGUGAGAGAAUUACUACCGAAAUGGCAAAGGACGGCAUUCAGUGGCAUUUCAAUCCACCUAGCGCGCCACAUUUCGGUGGACUUUUGGAGGCUGCAGUCCGGGUGACCAAGAACCAUCUCAUGAAGGUAAUUGGCGAAAAUCCAGUCUCAGCAGAAGAUUAUUCCACGCUUUUGACACAGGUAGAAGCAUGUCUAAACUCCCGGCCCUUGACACCGAUGUCCGAUGAUCCCAAUGAUUUGGAGCCCUUGACGCCGGCUCAUUUCCUCAUCGGAUCAUCCCUGCAAGCACUUCCCGAUCCUGCACUAACGUCCAUCCCAGCGAAUCGUCUGAACCAUUAA